GCUUGCGUCACCCAUAUAGAGAUCUUCGAACCGUCACACAGGGCUGCCUGUGACGACGUCAAGCGUUUCGAACGACGUAAGCUGUUGACACAAACAGGGUCUCUCUGCCUACAUGAAGACGCCUUCAACAGCAAACGUCGUCAUUCUUUCACAAAGGAUUCCAUGCGUCUCCAGGAUUUCGAAGCUGCAGUUUCGAGUUUAUCGACUAUGAACCGCUUUGCACUCUGGCGAACCUUUCUUUUAGUGUGCCUUGUGGCAGCAGUCACGGCAACAAAGGGCCCUAGUCAACAAGAUCGUGAUUGGCCGAGCCAUGGGGGUCCCGGAAUCAUCAACUGGCGAAACGCCUUUCGGGAGCGGAAGAUCGACCCUGACUCCGUACAGUCUUACGAUCUCAAAUGGGAAUUCAUCACGGGGGGGGACGUCACGGCCACUCCCUCCGUCUCCCGAGGGCUGGUCUACUUCCCGAGCUGGAACGGUAAACUGUUCGCGGUGAGAGCUAGGACGGGAAAGCUCGUGUGGGAGCAGAACUUAACUCAGCUCACGGCAGGAAUUCCGGACAUUGAAGGGAAGAACUUCGUGACAAAACUCUUCGGAUAUCCGAUUCUGUCGCGCUCGACACCAGUUAUUGUUGGAAAUCUUUUGAUUGUGGGGCUAUCUAGCCCCGGCGCCGUGAUUGCAGUCAAGAGAUCGACCGGUCAUCAUGUGUGGAGCACUGUGUUAGAUUCCCACCCAUAUGCUCUUAUCACCAUGAGUGGGACCGUCUUUGAGGGGGCCUAUUACAUCGGAACAAGCUCGUUGGAAGAGGUUCGACAGGAGGGCUGCUGCACGUUCCAAGGGAGAUUUUUCAAACUAGAUCUUGCCACCGGAAAGAUUCUGUGGAGUGUGCGCAUGCAGCCAGACAACGGUGGCAAACCGGGCUUGUACUCUGGCAACGCAAUUUGGGCGAGCGGCCCACCGAUCGAUACCACCCGGAGAUUGGUCUACAUCGCUACCGGAAACUCGUACUCCGCACCGCCGGAUGUCGAAGAGUGCCGGACCCAAAACCCUGCCAACGUGACGAACCCCACCCUAGAGGAUCCCUGUGUGGCAGAGGGUGAUUACGUAACCUCCAUUGUGGCAAUCAACAUAGACACAGGGAAAGUUUCUUGGGCACGGAACCUUGGCGGAUCCGAUGUGUUUGUGUUGGCUUGCCUCGCUAACCCUACCGGAGGAAACUGUCCCGAAAGUCCUGGUCCAGAUUACGAUUUCGGCGAAUCACCCAUGCUACUGACAAUCAAGCCGAAAGGUGGCGAGAGUCGCGACGUUGCCAUUGUGGGGCAGAAGAGUGGGUUUGUAUGGGCUCUUGAUCGCUCGACUGGCGAUCUCGUCUGGGUUACGGCUGCAGGGCCCGGAGGAGUGUUGGGGGGAAGCUCCUGGGGGAUGGCAACGGACGGCAAGCGAGUGUUCACGCACAUCAUAAAUAACGAGCGGGCGGAGUUCAAGCUGCUACCUUCCACGGAAGUCGUCAGGCGAGGGGGAUGGGUAGCCAUGGAUGCUGCUACAGGGCAAAUCCUGUGGUCUACUGCCAAUCCCGACAACUUCACCACCAAUCCUCCGAUGUCGCAUGCGAAUGGAGUGCUCUUCGGCGGGUCGAAUGGAAACAUUGAGACCCUGAAUCCAGGGAAGGUGGUAGCGUUGGACGCGAAGACGGGCAAAGUUCUGUGGACCCACCCGACGCCCGGUCCGUUAGCUGGCGGUGUCUCGGUGGUGAAGGGCAUGGCGUUCGUCGGCGUCGGCACCAACGUUGUAUUUCCGCGGCUUACCGGCGCAGGCACCUCCUACUACGGCAAGUCGGUGCUUGCCUUCUCUCUGCCAUCGCACUAGCAAACUCUCGCUCUCGCUCUCGCUAUCUGUCGGUAGCCUGCGAGCUUGACACAACCGCGUCGCACUAGCACCCCUUCCUCCAAAUUCUGCGCAAGCUGCCGCCUCUGAUUCUAAACAAACCGGUUGUGGCGACGAUGCUUUGGACAUUGCUGGAAACAAGGGCGAUGUCCUCUCAUACUCAGAAAUCCUUGUCGGUUUUAACGGCGAGUCUUGAGUACAAACUUAGUCCCGGCUAGUUGAACUUUCUUAGAUUUCGACUGAGCGUGAUGCAAUUCUGAAACCAUGUUCCACAUGAGUAUUAUGUUAUACUAUAAUCAAAUAGAGGAAUAAAUCUUCUGCGGAUGUAGUGAACCGUAAUCUGCAGUAUAACUGCAAUUGUCCAAGGCUUUUGCACCUAAAGUAAAUGUUUAUUUGCUAAGAAUUUCAUCGAUUACAGAAAAUUUUAAAUUUCAA